CAGGGGAUCAAGAAUGCUGGUCGGGCGAGUCGCCUUCAUUUUCGUCCUGAUCUCAUGUAUAGACCUCUCUAAUGCCGAUUGCCCGAAAGUUAAGACUAACAUGGAGAGUUGGGACUGGAGCCCUCUCUCAGGCGUUCAGGUACAGUUCACCAACACCACAACAAGGGAUGGGAACUCCAAGUGGACCGUCCAUUUGUGUAACGGAGUCUAUUCAAACCUGCACGACUACGGGACCUUCACGGGAGGAGCAGGCAGCAUCAAGUUCCAUCAGCCGUCAGACACGUUCUACAUGAUGUACGAGAACGGAGACAGGGGUCAAGGGUGCGAGACGAACGCCAGGCAAGCUGACGUUUACAUCCACUGCCAAGGCUGCCCCUCCUACCUCGAGCAGUCCAACUCUGCCUGCAACCUACAGUCUGCCCCAUGCGUCUGUGCGGCGUACGACACCGGGUGCGUGGGAGAAGUCCACAUGGUCGUGAACUGCCCGGUCGGGAUUCCAAACUAUAGGAAGGGCUUCGAUGUUUACGACGCUUCGACGGGGAUCGAGGAGGAUAUCUCCAAGGUGGUUAUCAAGGACGGGGAGGUGAUGCCAGGGUGGACGGACGAGGAUAUCCCUUCAGUGGCGCAUGACCGCGCGGUCAUCCCUGGGGACGUGAGCUCGGCCGUCUUCUACCUCAUGAUGGCUGACGAGGACCUGCAAGGGCUGCCCGCCUCGCAGGAGGUCGAUGCGCCCGACGUCUUCACCGACCAGCCGCACAUCCUUGCGGUGACCAUGUCGGGGUCGGCAGCGAGAGGAGGGCUGGUUGACACCCGGGACAUGCUCAUGCUCCAGCUGGACUUCCACUGCUACCAGACAGGCCUCGCCGACGUGCACGUGGAGAUCAGCUUUGCGAACCAGUACUACCCCUGUGACUUCGCCUUCACCUAUGAGUGUGGGAUGGGAGAGUCUGGAUCGGACAAGAGCAAUGCCUUCACUGUGUUCGUCAUGGUCUCGUUCCUCCUCAUCGUCGCUUUCUGCGUGAUGGGAUGCGCAUACAACUACUCUGUACAGCAGAGAAGGGGCGAGGACAUUAUCCCCGGCAUCGAGUAUAUCCACAUGGCUCGGGACCUUGCUGAAGCCCUGAUGAGCCGCAGUGGAGGAGUCGGAGGAUUUUCCUCCACCUCACGGAGAGGCGGAGACAGCACAGAAGGCUAUCAGACGUUGUAGUCUUCUCGUUCUCCUCCUUCUUCUUACCUCACAAACUUCAAAAAUGAAGCUUUAAAACCUCCGAA